AUGAGUCUUAUUCUCACCAGUUUGCAUCUAUAAAGAGAGCUUAACAUUACAGAAGCCAUUUUCGAAUCUUAAGCCUAAUGCUUACUCCUUGGAGCAUCUAGAGAAGCAGCUUAUGAUGGCAAGGCAGUUACUAAUUCUUGGCUUUAUUUUAUCUCUCCUGACACCCUAAAGUAUAUAAGAAUUGUACUAUUCACUGUUUUAUUCUCAUUCGGAGGAUAUGGAUUAUAUGCAGCUGGAUUAGCAAGGAUGCUUUUCUGGAUGUCUAACUGGCAAACUUUUACAGCUAUUGCAGCUGAAUUACUCUUACUUUUGUCACAUUUCAGUACAUAGAAUAAUGUCUAUGAUAAUAUCGUUAAAGCUAUCUUUGAAGUUGCAUUCCCAUAUUCGAUAAUGGUAACCUUCUUAUAUUGGUUCGUUUGGUAUGAACCUGGUUGGAUUAAUCUUGAAGAUUGGAAAACACUGGUAGGACCCUUAUUUCUGCAUGUAGUCCCUGUUGGAGUGCUAUUGAUUGAUUGGCUGAUUAAUGACAUAGUAUUUGAUUACAAGCGAGGUGCCCUACGAAUGCUCUGGGUAUGCUUGAGCUAUAUUGGAUUGAAUUAUUUUGCAGGAGAUAUAAUAGGCAGAUUUCCAUAUUCGAUGAUAAAUUAUUAAUCAUGGAGCACAGCUCCUUGGCUUAUUGGAGUCACACUCUUAUCCAUGACGAUAUUUUAUGGUGUAGCAUUUUUAACUAACUUCAUGAAAACAGGACAGGGUGUCUCACCUUCUAAUUAUCUCAAGCAGAUUCCUUUUGAAUUUGUUUCAAGUUUCCAAAUAUUAGCAGACUUUAUUUGA